AUGCACGUUGCACGCUCGUCAAUCGCAGAGACACUGGCCGCCGUACGUGAUGCGGUUUUAAUGGAUGCCAACCACCUCUCGCAGGCCGAGAUCGGAGACAUAGAGGACCUUGCUCUAUGCCUACUAAAGGGCGCAGGCCGCGCGCGCAACUCACUCGUUCCCAUCAACCAACUUCCGCCCGAGAUACUCAGCCACAUUUUCCAUUUCCUUCGUCCUUCGUUCGGCGACAUUUCCUCGCUGUACAGCGUCGAGCGAUCGCCUAAUUCCGCGAUGGAGAAAGCCGCCGUAGUCUGCCACCACUGGAGGAUCAUUGCCCUGGGAAGUCCAGAGCUCUGGACUACCAUAGACCUGAGCGAUGACGACGCCCGUGUCGGGAAGCUUCUACAGCGAUCUGGCGUUGAGAUCUUGGUACGACAUAUGCAUCGUGUUCAAGAUCUCUCCCUGGACAUGGACGGCUCACACUACUUCGUGAAGCCUGCUCCUUCGCUUGUCCGCGCAGUCCUCAUGGGAUGGUAUGAUGUCGACGCAAACGAAGGGAGUUCCCCUCUAUUCGGAGGCGAGGCUCCUCUCCUGCGCGAGGUUACUCUCAAAGCCUGCCUGCCAUGGCGGGCGUGUCGCUUUCCGAGCAUCACACAUCUUCGUAUAUCCCAAGGGGACACUCCGAAUUCUAGAUUUGACGACGAUUUCUUCAGCAUGCUAGAGGUCUGCCAUCGCCUCCAACUUCUUGUUGUCACUUUCACAGGCAACUCUGACCCUAGCAAUGAUGCAGGGCUCUCGGACACCCGUGUCAUAUCACUCCCUGACCUUCGCACGCUCUAUCUCGACUCGUGGUUCGUUGAUUGUAUGUGGAGUCAUCGUAUUCUCUCUCGUGUCAAGAUCCCCAGAACUUGCGACAUCCGACUCAAAGGAAAGGGUCCCUACCAACCCCCUUUGCUCGCCGCUCUCUUGCAGCCUUUGAACGCCAUGAAUUUCACCUUGCGCUCGGUAUCUACCCUGCACAUUGCAUUUGUACAGAGAUACGCGGCAGUUCAUAUGGCUUACAAUGACGAGACGCUGUCGCUAACCCUGGCCGUUCCCAGCGGGGACGCAUCUUUGGGGUUUGCGGAGCUGAAUGCCGCCUUCGAAACCUGCACGCAUCUCGUCGUCAUUAAUCCUGCACCAAGUCCGCUUAUCUGGCACCACUGGCUCGGCGCCUUGCCGUCGUUGCAGCGGCUCACGAUCGUUGAGCUGGGCGGGUCCAUGGGGCUGAGCGCUGUGUGCAGAGUCCUGCGGCAGGACAUGACGCCUCCCUGCUCUGAUGCGCCUGCCACUACACCUUGCCCUAGUUUGCACUCGCUCGAGUGGCAUUCCUCGCAUGCCCUUCCGAGCGAGUUCUGGCUCACGGCUGACCGCCUUGCUCGCAAAGGCGCAGCGCUUCGGAGUGCGCUUGUCGUGAGGGAGGAUGACAGCACAAUAAAGAGUGUUCAAAGGGUCUCGUGGGACGAGUCGGGGCUGGCCGACAUCCAGUCUUUGCCCGAUGCCGAUGGGUAUCCCACUGGUAAAGCGAUUAAGAAGGCGCACACCGAGGCGGUCAGUAUCCCUUUGUUACUAUAG